AUGGCGGGUAGUGUAUUUUGGCUACUGGCGCCGCCCGGCGUCGCGGCGCUGGGCGCGGGCGUGGUGUGCGGCCGCAUCCCCGGGCUGACGGCCCGCCAGCGGGACAUGUGCCGCGCCGCGCCGGACGCCAUGGUCGCCAUCGGCGAGGGCGUCCGUCUAGGCACCAUAGAGUGCCAGGCCCAGUUCCGGCACCACCGCUGGAACUGCACCGCCAUCGGCAACAGCAACGUCUUCGGCCACGUCGUCGUCGUCGGCAGCCGGGAGGCGGCGUACACGUACGCGGCGGCGAGCGCGGGCGCCGCGUGGUCGGUGGCGGCGGCGUGCGCGCGCGGCAACGUGUCUGCCUGCGGCUGCGACCCCCGGCGGCCGCGCGCGCCGCCCGCCGGCUGGUCGUGGGGCGGCUGCAGCGCCGACGUACGCUUCGCCACGCGCCUCGCGCGACGCUUCCUGGACGCGCGAGAGGUCGAGGGCGACGCGCGCAGCCUCAUGAACCUGCACAACAACCGCGCCGGUCGCAAGGCGGUGAAGGCGACGCUGCGCACCGAGUGCAAGUGCCACGGCGUGUCCGGCAGCUGCACGAUGAAGACUUGCUGGCGGACGCUGGCGCCGUUCCGCGCGGUGGGCGACGCGCUGAUGCGGCAGUACGCGCGCGCGCGGCCCGUCACGCUGGUGGGCCGCCGCCUGGUGCUGCGAGCCUCCGCCAGGGGCCACGGGCACCGGCCGCGAGAGCCGCGCCGCCAGGACCUCGUCUACCUGGACGAGUCGCCCAACUACUGCGAGCGCGACCUCGCCAAGGGCUCGCUGGGCACGCACGGGCGGCGCUGCAACCGCACCGCCAAGGGUACGGGAAGCUGUGACAUCCUAUGCUGCGGUCGCGGCUACAACACACACCAGUAUACGCGCACGUGGCAGUGCCGUUGCAAGUUUCACUGGUGCUGCCACGUCACGUGCGACACGUGUAGCGAGCGCACCGAAGAGUACACUUGCAAAUAGGCACCUGUUGCCGCGUGGAUACCUGAGCUGUGUAACACGUGGGACUGACGAUGUCGCUCCCUGUUCUAAUGGGACAGGAUGACACGUGUGUUUCCUGACCCCUGUACACGCAAUGGCGCACUUACGAGUCGGUGUUUCUGAAGACACGUGUGACGUGCCGUUAGCGCUCUGACGUCACGUUCUCCAACGCCAUGGUGUUGGAGGUGUCCUUGCUGCGGCGUACGUCCACAACAGCGCAUUAUAACACGCGGCCUGAACUCAGUACUUCCUAUUAGUGCCGCCAAGUCACGUGGAGCAGUUGCUAGCAUCAAUACUCACGUGAACUCUCACCUGUGAUUAGCUGUGUCGUCGGCUACGCGUGUGCCACUCUUGCAGUGAACUUUGUGGGUGCUGUUGGAUCACACAUAAACAAGGCUGCUUCGCAAGGGCUGGACUGCUUGAGUCGUUUGUGUUGUAACUGGAGUCUGACCGCUGAACUAUUUCUGCAAUCGGCAUUGUACAAAUCGCGAAGGUCGAAAAAAAAAAGACUUGAAUUACUUCAGUAUACAUUCCGCAGAACUUUAAUAAUUUAAUGAGUGUAUGUAUGGACGCGCUCUGUGGUGGAACGAAGUGACAAAGCCGACUAUGCAAUUAACUUCGUCUACAUGACGCUUAUUUAACCAUUUCCAGCUGUGAGUUUAGUGAGGUUGAAAACAUUUAAUGCAUACACAGUGACAAAUUCCUGCAUAACAGAAGUUACCCGUACACAACACGUAACUCCAAGUGAUAUGCAAGACGUCAGCACUGUAACGAUUUAAUACAUUGCAAUAUUUAACUACAAUUAAUGUUCUCUGACAUACAUAUCAACUACUAUCUUGUGGAAAUAAAAUGAAUGUUCCUCUGUG